AUUACUACUGAUUUAAAUAGAAUGAAUAAUAAUGGAUAUUCUAAAUUACCUGAAUCAAUCGAUGGAAUUUUAAAUGGCAAUUACUGCAAUUCAUACUCUGGUAGUGAAAUAUCAUCAAUUGAAAAAAACCAUCACAGUUCUAAUUUGUACCAGAAUAAUGAAUGUAGACAAGAGUCAUGGCUUCAAGACGGAAGCAGCUGCGAAACUGAAGAGAGUGAACAAUAUGUUCCAGAAUUUCAUAACAUUUCUGAUGGAGUCAAACAAGAGUCAUUGAUGAACUGCCGGAGAAGCGCUGAUGAUUAUAAUAAUCGAUUCAAUGGACAUCAUGAAUCCAUUUUUUUGGAUUUAAGCCCUAAUACCAAUAGUGCAUGUUAUGGCACAAAAUUAAGUCCCGGAAACAGCAAUGUUACUGACUGCAUUGCAGUCAAAGAAGAACCGACGGACCGAGGCUACAUUGAACCGACGCCAAUUGUAAAUCUUCUACCUUCAGCAUCUCAAGACAACUCAAAUGACUUAAUUUAUCAAAGACGACAACAUUAUACGAACAUAAUGGCUACGAGGGAGCACAGAGACUCCCCAAUUCCAAGUAGACCCGCUAGUACAUCAUCUGUGACAUCACAAUGGCAAGGAGGACCAUCAUCAACCAGUCAAACUACUGCAGAGUCUAAUUUUUCAUUACGACAAGAUAGUUGGGCAUCAUCUAGUACUGAAAAUUACUCGAGACGUAGUUCAAGUCCUACACUUACUGAACUAGGAAUCCAAUCUGAAGUAAGAAAUUUGGCCUGGGAUCGUACAAAUGUUGGUUAUCAAAGAAAAAGUCCAUCAACAGCAUCCUGGAAUGCUGACUAUAUUAAACGGCCAUCAUCUUCAACAGGAAUUACGUCAUGGAAUGACGUUGCAGUUGGAUAUCAACAACAAAGAAGAGGUUCUUUACAGCUUUGGCAAUUUUUGGUUGCACUUUUAGAUGAUCCUGCCAAUGCUCCUUGUAUCACUUGGACCGGCAGAGGAAUGGAGUUCAAAUUAAUUGAACCUGAAGAGGUAGCAAGAAGAUGGGGUGUCCAGAAAAAUCGUCCAGCAAUGAAUUAUGAUAAGCUAAGUAGAUCUCUCCGUUAUUACUACGAAAAAGGGAUAAUGCAGAAAGUAGCUGGAGAACGAUAUGUCUACAAAUUUGUUUGUGAUCCUGAGGCGCUUUUCAACAUGGCUUAUGGCGUAGGUUCUUCAAAUAUAUCAACAGAAUCUCCCUCAUCUAUUGGUAGAAGUCAUACUGUUAGUAAAUCUACUUCAAAUACUAUCUCUGAUACAACUCCCAAAUCUUCGUCGGAUGGUUAUAGUGAUGCUGUUCUUGCAAUGUAUCCGAACACAACUACAGUGUAUGGAACAUCCAGUUUACAUCAUCUCCAUCAAUACCUAGGAUCAAAUGAAGGCUUUAAAACUCCGCCAAGUCGUUACUCUCAUCAUACUCAUCAAUAUAAUAAUCAUAUUCAUCAUCAUUAUUAUCAUCAAUCUAAUUCACCAUAUUCUGAUGCAUUUUUUAAUUAUGGUCGCUUUUCACAUGAUUUACCUCUUGAUAUUCGGACGCAAGACUCGAUGAGAAAUAGCUACGCUCAUGAAGUGAGUUCAACGAGAGCAAAGGAUUCAACAGUAUCAUUCGAAUCUUCAUCACAACGUUUACAAUUGAGCACUACCACUAGUUCACCAAGUUCUAAUAUUUUAGAGACUACUACUAGUUCAAAAAUUGAGCAAGCUUACAGCUGCUUAAGUGUUGACAGUUGUGUAUGUUAA